AUGGUGGAUGCGAGGAUCUGUGUCGAUUGGAUGAAUACGGUUUCUUGUCAGUGUUUUCCCGGAAGAACGGUACUCAGGUCGGAUCCAAGCCACUGCGGAAGGCAGAGCACCAACUGUUCGGCCAUGGAAUUCGAGUGCACCAGCGGUGACUGCAUCCCUUUCCAUUUCACGUGUGACGGCAUGGCUGAAUGUCCCGACUUUUCCGACGAGCUUCCCACCUAUUGCAUGUUCCGUAAAUGUCUGCCCGGUUUCUUCCAAUGCCAAAAUAGCAGAUGUGUGUUGCAAAACGCUUCCUGUGAUGGACAAAACGACUGCGGGGAUUUCAGUGACGAAGCCAAUUGCACUUGCAGCACUAGUCAAUUCCGAUGCACUUCCGGCCAUUGUAUAUCAAACAGUUUUAGAUGCGACACUGAUCCCGAUUGUCCAGAUGCUUCAGAUGAAAUGGGUUGCCCGCAACCCAACUGCACCUUAAGUCGAGCUGUCAACGCUUCCGCUCAGAAAUUGCAAAAUUGCCGCAACACGACGGCAUGCAUUCAUCCGGCAAGGAUAUGCAUUUGA